AUGAAAGGACCUAAAAUGUCGACGGGGUCCAUUUGUAACCAUGGCAAAAGACAUGAAAACCUCGCGGUAUCCACUAAAGGUAGGAGAGUGCCAUCUACAACCAAAUCCGGACUCAGAAUUGUAGACUCAAAGGAAACACACCUUAUACACGACGAUGUCGCGAACCUACACAACGACAAAACAGAAUCAGAGGAAAACGGUGAACCAGAAGGAGACUGUGUCCAUGGCGACAAGUCUGUCACACAUGAAACAGUUGUAGUAGCUGGGAGCAGAGACGAUAUCCAGGAUCUGGUGGAUACCGAAUCGAUUGACUCUGAAACCACAAAGACACACUCGUCAACUGACAUUGCCACUGAGAAACGACAGAUCGUGGUUAAUAUGAACACGCAGGAGGGCGAGGAGGAACCAGAGGAUGAUGUUUUUGAAAACGAUCUGAAAAACUGCCAGGAAGAAACUGUCUGCAAAAAGGUGAAAUCUUUAGAUAGUAAGAAAGAAAAUGACUUGGACCCCAUAAAUGAGUGUGAUGAAAGCGACAUCCCGACAACAGGGACAGACGAUCAGGAAACGGAAAUAGAAAAAGAGACACCGGAUAAGGGGUUGCAAGCUUCCCUUCUAACAAAUGAAAACACAGAUAUUAAAUCAACCGUUAAAACUGAUAAAGUGAAGCACCAUCCCCUCAAAAGACCGAAAUCAGAGAAAUUUAGGAGACCCAAGUCAUCAACCAUAUCCGAUAAAACAAAGCGUCGACCUCAGUCUUGUGUGGUGCCUGCUAGACCUAGCUCAUCUUCCGGUAGAACUGCUCGGGUUACAAUAGUGCCGACUUUACGUGUAACGAAGGCGGAGCUUGAGUAUUACUUACCGAAACGGAGUUUCUUUAGUUGUCAUGACAAAGCUCUGAAAGACGCUGGGUAUGGUCCUGCUAAAACACCUCGUCAAACUAGAAUGAUAGAGGCUUGGGCAAAACAAGCGGAAAGCAAAAGUAACGGAGAAGAGGUGCUAACUCCUCUGGAUAUAGAGAAUACGUUGGACAACCAGCCAACAGCUGUAGAGGAACUGGGAAGGACGGGUGACGAUGACUUGCAAAGAUACCCAAGCGAGAGUUUGUCAGAAGUAGAUCAUAGAGAAAGUGUAUCGUCUGUUUCACAGCUUCACGACAACAGACUAUCUCGCCAGGUUUCCAAUGUCUCACUUCGUUCCAAUGCAACCGUGACUCGGAAGUUGUCAAGACUAUCGCGCCGGCGCGGUGACUACGAGGAAGAUGAAAUAAGGGUUGACUUUCAGCCACUUUUGCAGUAUCUUAAAUAUAUCAGUGAAAAUCCGGAUGAAUAUCUACAACAAAACAAACAAUUCAAAUAUGGUGUACCAUCCCAAGAUUCUAUUGUAAAAAUGGGAAAUAUCUUCCGUCGUGGAAGGCAUGGGCUGUCAACAGACAGUUUACUGGUGCAUGUUGUUCAUGGCAUCAACCCGAGAUUUAGUGACCCAAGCCAAUGGACAAAUACAAACAAGGAGAAAACCUUAUAUAAUUUAACAUCAUCAAAAAAAGAAAGUGGCCCAUUAUUAUCUAAACACGAGUCACAUGAUUCUGGGACUGGUACCGAUGAACCGAAGACAGAGUUUGAGAAAAUAAAACACAAAAUGGACGCGUGGCUGAAAACUGUUACUACGGCACAACUUGUGAAGGCCAAAGAACUGGCUCUUCGAGAGCUGGGCGAGGAGGAUGUAGCCCAGUCCCGCUGGUGGGUCUCCCUCAAGUCCUGUCACUACUUAAGGUAG